AUGGGCCCCCGAGGGACUGCUCCGAGCCCCCCGCCGACGGCCCUGUGCCAGAUCCAAGGAGCAGGUCGGCAACCGCUGCCGUCCCCUCCCGAAUCCGCGACCAGGACGAGCUCCGGCCACCGCCCUGCGCCACCAGCCGGGUCCCCGGCGACAAAUCCAGCCGGAUCUGGCCGGAACCCGGCUCGCCCGCAACCACCAGCACCGCCGCCGCCGCGUCAGAUCCGCCGCCCACCGCAGCCACAAAGGCCGCACCUUGAGCAGGAUCCGCCGCCGCCUUCAGCCGCCGCUGCCGCCAGCCAGCAGGACGACGGCCUCCAGCCCACGCCGCCACAGCCCGCGCCGCCCGGCGGCCAGAUCUGGCCGUUGCAGCAUGGGCACGCCCCGCCGUCGACAGUGCCCGCCACGCAGGCUGCACCAGCGUGCCGGCGCCACCAGAACGCGGAGCCGCCACACCCGCACAACGUCGCGCCGUCACGCCCACCGCUGCGCGACGCUCCGGCCCGAAGAAGCAUGCCCGCGCAGCCCCCUCGAGCAAGAGGACGCCAGCGCCCUGCCGCCGUCGGCACCGGCCGGGCUAUGCCCGGCUGCCCUCUGGCGGCGGCGGAGCAGGGGAAGAGGAGGAGGAGGGGGCGCUCGAAGGAUCUGGUCGCCCUCCCCGUCGCCUCGCGGGGGCGACGCGGGAGGGGUCGGGAGCGCAUCGUCUAA